AUUCAUCGCAUAUUUCCGGCAGGACGACGAUCGCAGUUGCCUACGAGUGGCGCAAUAGAAAUGGCGGAGGCAGUAACGUCUGAUGUCGCUAAACUUCAAGUGAAAGAGUUGUACACGUCGGAAAAGAGUGGCAGCGACGAGACGGGAGAUGGAACGGAAAGCAAGCCGUUCAAGAGUGUUUUACAAGCCAUGCGAGCAAUCGGUGCUGAGCCAUUUCCAUCAAUUCUGGUUGAUUCAAAGACUGAAGGUGAACGCUGGGAGCCAGUGUCAAGUUCUCAGCUAAAGAAGCAAAAGAAAUUAUGGGAAGCUGAGAAAAGAAAAGUUGCGAAAAAGUCUGAAGCUGAUGAGGCUCGUCAACAGCAAGAUAUUGAGGCUGCUGAACGACAUGCUAAACAGCUGGAGGAGGCAAAGAAGGUAGUGCUCAAGGAAGAUCCGUCUUUGCCCAAAGCCAAGCAGGUCAAAAUUCGUGACUCUACAGCUCACAGAGACCACAGAGUGAAAGUCUAUGGAUGGGCACAUUCAAUACGAAGACAGGGUAAAGUGUUGAUGUUCAUUGUUCUUCGUGACGGCACUGGUUUCCUCCAGUGUGUACUCAAUGACAAUCUGUGUCUUUGCUAUGAGUCGUUAGUUCUGACGGCUGAAAGUACGAUUGCUGUUUAUGGAUUCAUUAAGAUUGUGCCAGAAGGGAAAAUGGCGCCUGGUGGACACGAGCUGAUUGUUGAUUAUUGGGAGCUUGUUGGACUUGCUCCUGCAGGUGGAACUGAUAAUGCUGUGAACAGGGAAUCAAGCGUCGACAUCAUGUUAGAUCAACGUCAUCUCGUGCUGCGAUGGGAAACUCCUGCUAACAUCAUGAAAGUCAGAUCAGCAGUACAACAUUGUUUCCGAGAGCAUUAUUUUGCCAAUGGUUACUAUGAGAUUUCGCCGCCGGUUCUGGUUCAGACUCAAGUGGAAGGCGGGGCUACUCUCUUUAAACUCAACUAUUUUGGUGAGGAGGCAUUUUUGACUCAGUCGUCUCAGUUGUAUCUAGAGACUGUGUUGCCAUCACUUGGUGAUGUCUUCUGUAUAGCAGAGUCGUAUAGGGCAGAAACAUCAAGAACACGUCGCCACCUUUCAGAAUACACACACGUCGAAGCCGAGUGUGCGUUCAUUAGUUUUGAUGAUCUGCUGGACAGACUCGAAGAUCUGGUGUGUGAUGUGGCUGCUAGGGUAUUGGCAUCUCCACAAGGUGAACUAGUGAAACAAAUCAACCCAGAGUUUACAUUGCCCAAGAGACCAUUUAGACGUAUGGACUACACAGAUGCCAUUAAGUGGCUACACGAGCACAACGUCAAUAAAGAUGAUGGAACUCCAUACGAAUUUGGAGACGACAUACCUGAAGCUCCCGAGCGUAAAAUGACUGACGCUAUUAACGAGCCGAUAUUUUUGUGUCGUUUUCCCGCCGAAAUCAAGUCUUUCUACAUGCAGCGAUGUGCAGAUGACAAACGAGUGACAGAAUCUGUUGAUCUCCUUAUGCCUGGUGUGGGUGAAAUUAUUGGUGGCUCAAUGAGGAUAUGGGAUUUGGAAGAAUUGCUAGCCGGCUAUAAACGUGAGGGUAUUGAUCCAACACCUUACUACUGGUACACAGACCAGAGAAAGUAUGGCACAUGCCCACAUGGAGGGUAUGGUCUAGGUCUGGAACGUUACCUCACAUGGAUGCUGAACAGGAAUCACAUUCGAGAUGUGUGUCUGUAUCCGCGUUUCAUCGAACGCUGCAAGCCUUGAAUGAAGACUGAAGAGACACGUGCUGCAUGUCGAUACGUUGUUGCUGAUGUUUUGUGGAUUGCUGGUCAGCAUCUUGAUCAAUACAUUGUUGUUGUUGUUGACUA